UACGGUGUGCUUAUCUCGGUCCACAUCGUCAGCUCCAGUGUGAAGUGAAGUCUGACAGCUGCCGCCUGGCCUGGUCCACUUGCCGCUUCGCUGGUCCACCUCACCCCGCGGAUAUCAAUUAGCACGUUAAACUUGCUUCGGGACUGUGGGAGCGCUGCUUGUCUUCAACUUGAGGCAAAGAAAGACGGUGGAAAACUCCUUGGAAUUCUCCGCGUACCGUUCACGCAUUGGCACUCUCCGUUUGACGUAUAGAAGUGCUUCUUCAGGAGAAUUCUGGGGAGAUUUCUGACUCUUUCAAUCCUCAAAGAUGAAGCAGCACUGGGGACCCGUUCACUGAGGCGGCUCUCACUUCAAAACUGCCCUGCUCAGUGAUGAACCAUGACUAAAGGUUGUGAGGACUUGUCUCCAUCAUCCCAUUGUACAGUGAGGCAGUGAGCUGACGGAGGAUCCAGCAUGCAUGUGUCGACGUACCCCACAAUGCACUCUGCCAGCCCGGGUCUGCUCCUCCUCAGUUUCCUCUUCCUCGCCGACGCUGACUCUCCUCCACGGUUUACCCGAACCCCGGAAGACCAGAUAGGAGUCCAAGGCGGCGUGGCGUCGUUCGUGUGCCAGGCCGCUGGCGAGCCGCAGCCCAAGAUUGUGUGGAACAAGAAAGGCAAAAAAGUCAGCAACCAGAGAUUUGAGGUAAUUGAAUUUGACGACGGGUCUGGCUCUGUCCUGAGAAUCCAGCCUCUGAGGACCCCCAGAGAUGAGGCUAUUUAUGAAUGCCACGCCUCCAACUCGGCAGGAGAGCUCACGGCCUCCACCAGACUAAGUGUGCUACGAGAGGACCAGCUGCCUUCGGGGUUCCCCACUAUAGAUAUGGGUCCCCAGCUGAAAGUGGUGGAACGCUCUCGAACCGCCACCAUGCUCUGUGCGGCCAGCGGAAACCCUGACCCAGAAAUUUCUUGGUUCAAGGAUUUCCUGCCAGUCAACACAUCCAAUAACAACGGCCGAAUCAAGCAGUUGCGCUCAGAGUCCUUUGGUGGCACGCCCAUACGAGGUGCAUUGCAGAUUGAAAUGAGUGAGGAGUCUGACCAGGGCAAGUAUGAGUGUGUUGCCACCAACAGCGACGGAACUCGCUAUUCCACCCCAGCUAACCUCUACGUCCGAGAGCUCCGAGAAGUGCGACGCGUCCCCCCUCGCUUCUCUAUUCCCCCAGCGGACAGUGAGAUCAUGCCCGGGGGCAACGUCAAUAUCACCUGCGUGGCAGUGGGCUCGCCCAUGCCCUAUGUAAAGUGGAUGCUGGGAGCGGAGGACUUGACCCCAGAGGACGAUAUGCCCAUCGGCCGUAAUGUCCUCGAACUGACGGAUGUGCGUCAGUCCAACAAUUACACCUGUGUUGCCAUGUCAACGCUUGGCGUUAUUGAGGCUGUGGCGCAGAUUAUUGUAAAAGCCCUUCCAAAGGCUCCUGGUACACCCGUGGUGACUGAAAGGACUGCAACAAGCAUCACUCUCACCUGGGAUUCUGGCAACCCUGAACCUGUCUCCUAUUAUAUCAUACAACACCGUUCCAAAGGCUCCGAGGACCCCUAUAAAGAGAUCGAUGGCAUCGCCACCACACGCUACAGUGUGGGUGGCCUGAGCCCGUACUCCCAUUAUGACUUCCGCGUGGCAGCUGUUAACACCAUCGGCCAGGGUCCCUCCAGCGAAGCGGUAGAGGCUCGCACAGCGGAGCAGGCGCCCUCCUCACCUCCCCGACAAGUCAGAGGUCGCAUGCUGAGCACCACAACGGCAAUCAUUCACUGGGAUGAGCCGGAGGAACCAAACGGGCAGGUAGUGGGCUACAGGGUCUACUACACUUCGGACAACACGCUGCCGGUCAACCAGUGGGAGAAGCAAAUGGUGCGGAGUGCCAACUUCAUCACCAUUCAGGGCUUGACUCCUAACAAGACAUAUUACAUCAGAGUGUUGGCUUUCACCUCCGUUGGAGAUGGUCCCCUUUCCCAGGACCUGCAGAUUAUCGCCAAGACUGGCGUCCCAUCGCAGCCUUCAGAGUUCAAAGGAGAGGCCAAGUCUGAGACGAGUAUCCUGUUGUCCUGGAUAGCGCCACCCCAGGGUGGCCCAGACAACCAGAUCACAGGAUAUGAAUUGGUUUAUCGACGAGCGGACGAUACAGAGGAGAAGAAAGUAAGCUUUGAGCCGACAACCUCCUACCUGUUGAAGAACCUCAAGCCUUUCUCAGCCUACACUUUCCAGCUGGCUGCCCGUAGCAAACAUGGUAUUGGCGCAUAUACCAACGAGAUUUCCAUCGACACGCCGCAGACGCUUCCUUCAGCACCUCCUCAGGACAUAAGAUGCACCAGCCCCACUUCUACCAGCAUCCUGGUAAGUUGGGCACCACCACCUGUGGAGUUUCAGAACGGCGUCAUUACGGGAUACACCAUCCAGUACUCCACUACCGGGGUCAACAAAACAUCCAAAAGGAUUGACGGCGUUCCGACGGAAGGUUCUCCGUACCUCUUGGAAAACCUAGAGAAAUGGACUGAGUACGGAAUAACAGUGCGGGCGCAGACGGAAGCCGGCGACGGACCGGAGAGUUUACAGCUGAUUAUCCGCACCGAGGAAGAUGUUCCAAGUGGUCCUCCUCGAGGGGUGGACGCAGAGACAGUGAACGCCUCAGCCAUUAGGGUGAAAUGGCGAGCGCCAGCCCCUGAGCUGCAGCACGGUCAGAUCCGAGGCUACCAAGUCCACUACGUGAGGAUGAACUACGGCGAGCCUCAGGGUCAUCCCUCCAUCAAGGACAUCCUUAUAGAAGACUCACAGUGGGAAUAUGACCAGACAGCUCAAUAUGAGGCACUUCUUGGAGACUUGAAGGCCGACACUUCCUACUCUAUCUCAGUUGGAGCUUACACCGCCAAGGGAGAUGGCGCUCGCAGCAAACCAGUUGCCAUCUGCACUGCUCUGCCGCUGCCACAAAAGCCCAAACUAAUGGCAAGCGCAACUGACUCAGGCACCGCUCUGCUUCAGUGGUACCCGCCACCGAAUCCCCCCACUCCAAUCCUGGGUUACCGCCUCACCUUUGGCCGUGUCGACGUCCUUCCCUUCACAGUGGUGGAGUUCCCAACCAAGGAGAAUCGCUACACAGCUCAUGACAUCCACAAGGGGGCAAAUUACGUGUUCAGACUGUCCGCCCGGAACAAAAUGGGCUACGGAGAAGAGGCAGUUCAAGAAGUGACCACACCAGAAGGCAUCCCAACCGGAUACCCAGAAAAUAUUAUCUCAGAGGAGAUGUCUGCCAAUUCCCUUCGCUUGACAUGGAAAUCAGUGCCACUCAUUGAACAAAAUGGAAAAAUUGUCAAGUACUCAGUGCUGUACAAGGAUAUAAACAGUCGGGGCAAUUCCACGGAAGUUGUGGUGCCCACUCCAGGGUCAAGUGUUUUGUUGGAGGGUCUAAGUGCCGAUACUGUGUAUGAUGUCAUGGUGUGCGCGUUCACCACUGUCGGCCCUGGUCCGUACAGCCCCGGUGUCCAAUUUAGGACGCAGCGGCUAGACCAAGUUUUUGCCACCAACUUCAGAGUAAAGGCCGCCAUGAAGAAUUCAGUUCUGUUGUCCUGGGAGGUCCGAGACAAGAAUCCUACACAGCCAUUUACAAUCCUGUACGGAAAAGGCCAGUCUGUGGAGGUGGAUGGGAAGCAGACACAAAAGCUGAUCACCGGUUUGCAGCCAGACACCCUGUACUCUUUCUUGCUUACCAACCGGGCCAACAGCGCCGGGGGCCUACAGCACCGCGUCACCGCCACUACUGCUCCAGACAUCCUGAAAAGCAAGCCCGUCGUGGUGGGAAAGACCAACGCUGAUGGCAUGGUGACUGUACAACUUCCAUCCGUGCAGACGUCAGCUAAAGUCAAGGGUUAUUACGUUGUGGUGGUGCCGCUGAAGAAACAGCGAGGAGGGAAGUUCUUGAUUCCAUGGGAGGACCCAGAUCAGAUGAACUUAGAUGAGUUGCUGAGAGAGAUUAACCGAACCAGCGUGAGCCGAGCCCUGCGCAUCCGCAGACAGGCCGGCCAAUCAGAUCCCAGAGCGUACGUCAGCGCUCAAUUUAAAACCCUCCCCCCGGAGUUCACGCUCGGCGACGGGCAAAACUACGGGGACUUCCGCAACCGGCCACUGCAGAACGGCCAGGAAUAUGUGUUCUUUGUGCUCGCCCUACUCGACCUUUCGGAGAACACCAUGUUCUCCACUAGCCCGUAUUCUGAUUCGGUGACGUCAUCGGGUGUGGACCCGCAGCCGAUCGUUGAUGAGGAAGAGGGUCUCUUGUGGGUUGUCGGUCCCGUCUUGGCCGUUAUCUUCAUCGUGUGCAUUGUCAUUGCCAUCCUUCUCUUCAAAAGCAAACCUGACAGGAAACGAGCCGAGGCCGAGGGCAGAAAGGGCAGUUUCCCCUGCAGCAAAGCCAUGUCGUCUCACCAUCCCACUGAUCCUGUGGAGUUGCGUAGAAUCAACUUCCAGACCCCGGCCUACCGCGUAUCAGUGUACCGUGGUUAUCGGCGUUUGUCAAGCAUGGCAAGUCACCCACCCGUCCCCAUCUCAGAACUGGCAGAUAACAUUGAGCGCCUCAAAGCAAACGACAAUCUCAAGUUCUCACAAGAGUACGAGUCGGUUGACCCCGGUCAGCAGUUCACGUGGGAGAACUCCAACUUGGAGGUCAACAAACCAAAGAACCGCUACGCUAACGUCAUUGCGUACGACCACUCCAGGGUGAUACUCUCUGGCAUUGAGGGUGUCCCGGGGAGUGACUACAUCAACGCUAACUAUAUCGAUGGGUACCGGCGUCAAAAUGCCUACAUCGCCACUCAGGGUUCCCUUCCGGAGACCUUUGGGGACUUCUGGAGGAUGGUGUGGGAGCAGCACACGGCCAACAUUAUCAUGAUGACCAAGCUGGAGGAGAAGUCAAGGAUGCCCUCUUAUUUCUUCUCUAAGGUGAAGUGCGACCAGUACUGGCCAACACGAGGCACAGAGACCUACGGCCUCAUCCAGGUCACUCUCCUGGACACAGUGGAGCUGGCCACCUACUCUGUCAGGACAUUUGCGCUUUACAAGAGUGGCUCCAAUGAGAAGCGUGAGGUUCGUCACUUCCAAUUCACCGCCUGGCCAGACCACGGCGUACCCGAGCACCCUACUCCGUUCCUGGCCUUCCUGCGAAGGGUGAAGGCCUGCAACCCUGCAGAUGCGGGGCCCAUGAUCGUCCAUUGCAGCGCCGGAGUGGGCCGCACAGGUUGCUUCAUCGUGAUCGACGCCAUGGCAGAACGGAUCAAGCACGAGAAGGCCGUGGACAUCUACGGCCACGUCACGCUAAUGCGCUCCCAGAGGAACUAUAUGGUCCAGACGGAGGACCAGUAUAUCUUCAUCUACGACGCGCUGCUGGAGGCCGUGACCUGCGGCAACACGGAGGUCCCCGCCAGGAACCUGUAUUCAUACAUCCAGAGGCUGACACAGAUCGAACCUGGCGACAACGUCACCGGCAUGGAGCUGGAGUUCAAGCGUCUGGCCAGUGCCAAGGCCCACACGUCACGCUUCGUCAGUGCCAACCUGCCAUGCAACAAGUUUAAGAACAGGCUCGUCAACAUCAUGCCCUACGAGACCACGCGAGUCCCCUUGCAGCCAAUCAGAGGAGUGGAGGGGUCGGAUUACAUCAACGCCAGCUUCAUCGAUGGCUACAGGCAACAGAAGGCCUACAUAGCGACACAAGGCCCGUUGGCGGAGACCACGGAGGACUACUGGAGGAUGCUGUGGGAACACAACUCCACCAUUGUUGUGAUGCUCACCAAAUUGAGGGAGAUGGGACGGGAGAAAUGUCACCAGUAUUGGCCCGCAGAGCGCUCAGCUCGGUACCAAUACUUUGUGGUGGAUCCCAUGGCCGAGUACAACAUGCCUCAAUACAUCCUCCGGGAAUUCAAAGUUACAGACGCCAGAGAUGGCCAAUCAAGGACGGUUCGUCAAUUCCAGUUCACCGAUUGGCCAGAACAAGGAGUGCCAAAGUCAGGGGAAGGAUUCAUUGAUUUCAUUGGACAAGUGCAUAAAACUAAAGAACAGUUUGGCCAGGAUGGACCAAUUACUGUGCACUGCAGUGCUGGAGUGGGCCGGACGGGCGUGUUCAUCACGCUGAGCAUCGUACUGGAGAGGAUGCGGUACGAGGGCGUGGUGGACAUCUUCCAGACGGUCAAGAUGCUGCGCACGCAGCGACCUGCCACCGUUCAAACAGAGGACCAGUACCAAUUCUGCUACCGCGCCAGUCUGGAGUAUCUUGGAAGCUUUGAUCACUAUGCAACAUAAAUGUGUCACGGCACGUCCCACCUAAUCCACUUGCCUGUGGAUGAACGCGUUAGGCGGCGACGUGUCCGUGAUGAGAGCGCCACCAACAUGCAGAGUGAAAUGGAGGGAAGGGGGAGUCCUGCGUACCCACAAAGAGCACCUCUAACUGAGCCAUAGCAACCUGCUUGACAAGGGGUCUCCACCCGCCCUUUGACCCAAACACGCCCAUUGGUCUGUCUGAAGAAGCAACUUGCUCCAAUGCUUGAUCAGAAUCUACGUUGUCCGUUUCGUUUUCAGUCAGUGCUAUUUUCCGAGCACCCAGGUUGCUUUACAUUGUUCGGGUGUGGAACUGUUCACCUCAUCCACCACCAGUGUAGCAUCACCAACCUUGAUUGAUAGAGUGUCACAGGACGUUUGAUUUUUCUAUCUUUAGAUGAACUCGAAGGCAUCCAUCAUAUGGACGUCUCGUGGACGGACGCAAAGUGAAACUUUGGAGCACCAGAGAAUUGCUGUCAGGAGAGUGGAAACUCACCGAGCGCAUAGUAUUAAGGAUACACGGACCCGCAAUAGACACCAGGAAGUGUUUACCCCCACAUUUUUGUUGUUUUUAGAGAAACAGACUCUUGUUUCCUAUAAAUGUCAAAGACAUUUCAAUCUCACAGUAAUUAAAAAAAAAAAAAAAGCACCAGUUCAUACAUAAUACUUCACAGUUUGAGACAUGGAAAUUGUGAGAAGUUUAAAAAGCACCAACCGCCACCAGAAAUAAAAUAGCUUGUGACUCAUUUGAAAAAAAAAAAAAAAAAAAGGGGGGCUCAGCUAAAGUCACUCAUUGGUUUUUUUUUAAACUUUCUGUUUCUUGUGCAUUUUUUUUACGUUAUGAAAUAUGUUUAUUCAAAGAAAUACAAUCAGAAGUCAUGGAGCUUUGUAGUUUCAAAAUAGUCCACCAUUAACUGUUCUAUAAUCACUUUUAUUUGCAUGAGCAAAUCAAUGAAGUCUCUGCCUGCCUGUUGCUUGAUGGUUUUAACUUUAGGGUACGGGUCAGGGUUACAUUUCAGGAUUAAACCAUCCAUUUAGGUUCAGGAUUGGGGCUCUCGAUGAUGUUCUUUCUUAUUCACAGUAUUGUCAGGAAUAAGAUGUAGUGCAGGGGUCACCUACAUGGGCACUUCUAAAAAUAGCUCACUAGUGCUCAGACAUUAGGAUUUUGUCGGAAUUGUGUUGAAAUCAUGAUUUACAAACUCUGACAGAUUUGUGAGACAUCAUUAAGUAUUAAUAAUGACACGCGCUAAUAUUAUUAAAGGGCAUUUGAGAAAAUGUUAUUCAGACAUGUAUUAAUUGGGCACCCAUUUGCACAACCAGUACACAGGAAGGAACACUCACUCUUCAAAAGGUCGGUGACCCCUCGUGCACGGGCAAGGCCUAUGGUUUCAUUUUGGGGUUCCGUAGGAGUUCAUCUUAUAUUUAGGGUUGAAGGUUAUUAGAAAUUAUGCCCAGGGUGUAACUCACAUCUCACCCAAAGUCAACCGGGAUAGGUUCCAGAUCAUCCGCAACCCGAAUGCAAUAGAAAAUGGGUGGUUUGGUUCAGGUUUGAUUGAGGGACCAAAGCAUCACGACCAAGUGUGCUCCCCCAAUGAAAAGUCUCCAUUCUGCGUAUAAAUCACGAGAUUGAGCGCAAAAGAGUGGAAUCACAAAUAGUGUGCACAGUUUGUGGUUUUUGUUUUGGGAUGGGAGGGGGGAGGGUAUGAAAAAUUAUGUAAAAGUUCAUCUAGAUUUUAGAACACUAAUUGUGGAAAUGUGUCGAGACGACGUUCUCACCGGAAUGCUCACCACUGACUCGUGUGACUGUCUGAUUCAGUGUGCAAUAAGUAGAUGUAUUAUAUAUAUUUUUAUGUCCACUUAUUUACUGCAGUCACAUGCUGUGAUGGUGAUGAUGAUGAUGUUCAUGAUGAUGAAGAUAUCCUACUAACGAUGGUGCAUCAUGUCCCAGAUAUGAGGACGUUAAGCAUUUGAUUCCUCGUAUCACACAGCCACCCCCAAGUAGACAAGGUUGUCGUCACAGUAACCGGGAAACUAACGAAUGAUUGCAACUCCCAAUGAAUAGUUUAAGUUUAGAUUUCUAGUGCCUUAUAUUACACGCCUAUUUUGAUAAAGUUACGUUUAAGGGUUCUUGUGUAUUUUAUGUAUUCACACGUAUAUAUGUUUGUGUGUCGUGUGUGUGUGUGUGUGUGUGUGUGUGUGUGUGUGUGUGUGUGUGUGUGUGUGUGUGUGUGUGUGUGUGUGAGAAAGAGAGAAUAUGUAUAAUUUUAUGUUCCACUAUCUGAAAAUUGCUGGCGUAUUGUUGUUUUUCUACAGUAGGCUAGCUCAUGACAGAGAUCCCUUUCAAAGGAAUGCAGUCAUAUCGCUCGGAAGGAGAACAAAUGAGCACAACUGCAGUACAGCAAAUGUUUAUUUCAAAAGUAUGAGCUAGGAAUGAGAUGAGGAUUUCAAUUCAAGAAAAUGUCUGCGGUGAUGCAAAGGCAGACUUUCUUUGACCGUAUUUCCUCAAAUAGUGGCCUCCGCUCUCAUUAACUGCAGGCUGCGUUACAUCUCAGAUAGACUCUUUCGCAUUCACCUGAUUUUUCUUUCUGGUUUUCCUGGAUUUAUUCCAUCCGUGGUAAAGACCAAUAACACCGAAAUGGAGUGGUGCCUUGAGAUUUUAAUUUUGUUCCGUGACCUCACAACUAACGAAAUUGAGCCAUUUCAAUGAAUGGAAAUGCCAUUAAUCUAUUCCAGCAGCCCCUGCUACCCAAAAAAAAAACCCACACACAAAUGUUUGUUUUUAAUAAAGAACUACACUACUGUACUUCAUAAAAACAGAGUAUCAACAUAAUUAAAUUGAAUGUUGAGAAAUAAAUGGUUUGUGCAUCAUGAUUUAAUACUGCAAUUCCGUUUAUUGUGCUGCUCCUUCUGUUGUCCCCCUCUUGGCCACCAGGCGGGGCAUAAUACAUUCAUGCAGUCACAAAUUAAGAAUAAUCAUUCUAUCACUACUGUAAAUGACUCAGUAAGAUCAUUUUUUGUAGAGGAUAAAGAAUGUGUUCUGAGUGUGUUAUAUUAUCUGUCUACCUGUGUUACGCCACCAUUGCUUGAGGGGUUCAAAAACCGCAACGCUCAUGGCUAACCAUUAGCAUGCGUUUUCCGCUACGCGUUAGCAUUAAGCUGGCGGGAGCAUUCCUACGACAAAGUUAUUUGGGUGUAAGAAGUGUCACUUCCUUUGUUUAAUGUUUAGUUUGACACUCAACUUUGAGUGGGAGGGGCAUAAACCAGCAUGAAGCCUCUUUUUGGAUGAUUUGCCAAACUGCUGCUUAUGGUGCUGUGAGCAAAGUUGACGACACUGCCACCACGCAGCACUCGUCUCAAGUUGCGCUCGCAAGUUAAAGCAAAAAAGCAAAAAAAAAUUAAAUGUCAACAACCUCAUUAGUCAGGUCACUUGUAUCUCAAGGCAUCCCUUUAGAGUAAGGACAUAAUUAACUCUCAUUAUCCAUGGGAAAAAAAUGUGAAAUGAUAUACAAUAGUAUUUGAAAAUCCCCGUGCGCCUGCAGGGGAGUGAAUAAAUACCAUCUGGCCACUAUAUGAGGCAAUCAAAGCAGCAGGGGCAUUUUUAUUGUCAAAUUAAAGAGGGUGAAAAAAAAAAAAAGCAAAAUGAUGACAUUUGUGCAUACCGAAGUCAAUCCCACAGCCAAUCGUGUUCCUUGUCCUGCCCUCCUCUUCUCCAUGUUGUUCUCUUCAUGACACUGCUCUGGUGUCACUGGUGUUGUUUUUGUAUGCAUGGUACCCCCCCCCGUUGGUCGCACCAGUAAUGGGAAGACUUGCACUUUCUCUCUUGUACUAUGCACAAAAUUCUCUUAUCUCUGUUCGCCCACACCCCAACCUUCUCCCUCCAACAAAACAAAAAGAAAAAAAAAAAAAAGAGUGUUACUUGAACUAGCUCAACAUGGACCCUGAAAUGCUCACGUAGUUGUGUAUAUGUAAAUAACACCGAACACAGAGACUAAGUGAAAUUCUUAAACGAUUAAGUUGAAGAUUAAUAGCGAACUAUAUCAGUUAUACUGAGUGAUAUAACAAAGGAUUGCACCAGAAAUCACCAUUUAUGGCACAGAAAUAUGUGCAAUACAUCACCUUGUGGCUUUGUUGCACCACAAAUGAGUUUCACCUUUAAAAGUGUUCUAUUUUAACCCCGCCCCGAUGUAUCAUGUAGUUGGAUAAAACUGGAGUUUAUAAAUUGUAUAAAAACGAAAAAAUAAUGGUGUGUUGCUUGGAUCAGUCCCGUCAAACUGGUCUGUAAAUGUAAAGUUUUAGUUUGUCUGUUUUUCAUUUUCUGCUCCGGGUCAACAAGUGUUUUUUAUUUUCUUACAUUGGUUCUUGGAGUGUGUGCAAACCUGAGGAUGGGGGGGAAAAAUACCACACAUGGGUCUGUAUGAAUUUCUGUUCUUUGUUGACACAAGUUUUAUUUGUUACAAAUAAACUCAAGUAAAAUAAAAGA